CUCUCCGUCUCGGACCGUAAAACAGACCGCACCGGCUCGGCUGGAAGGCGACGGGAGCGCGAGCUGCCUCGUCCCGCCUCGUCCCGCCUCGUCCCGGCUCGUCUGGGAGGCGAGGGCCGCGCAGCCCGUCCUGUUUCGCCUCAGCGUCCCGGCUCGUCUCUCUCGUCCCGUCCCACCCGCCCCGAUGCUGGUGAAGGCGGAGGCUCCGGCGGCGCCCGCCGAGGAGGAGCUGCUGCUGCUGGGCUUGGUGUCCCCGUCGCCGUCGCUGCCGUCGAGCGCCGAGGACGAAGAGGAGGAGGAGGAGGCGGAGCGGCGCCCCGCGGGGCUGCGGGGGAAGCGGCGGCCGGGGCGGGGCCGGGGCUCUGCGCGCACGGCCGAGUCGGCGCAGCGCAUCAAGCGGAGCCGCCGCCUGAAGGCGAACAACCGCGAGCGCAACCGCAUGCACAACCUCAACGCCGCCCUCGACGCCCUCCGCGACGUCCUGCCCACCUUCCCCGAGGACGCCAAACUCACCAAGAUCGAGACGCUCCGCUUCGCCCACAACUACAUCUGGGCGCUGACCGAGACGCUGCGGCUGGCGGGGGCGGCGCGGCUCGGCGCGGGGGGCAGCCCCUCGCCCGCCUCCUCCUGGAGCGGCGGCUCCGCCAGCCCCGCGCCCUCCGCCUCGCCCUACGCCUGCACUUUAUCCCCCGCCAGCCCCGCCGGCUCCUCCUCGGACGCCGAGCCCUGGCCGGGCCGCUUCGCCGCCGCCGCUCCCGGGCCGCCGCCGCGCUGCCUUUAGCGCUGCCCAGGGCGCCGCUGCCCCCCCCGCAGCUGCCAAACCAAACGCCAUGUGCACUUUGUCCAGAUCUGUCACCGCGGCUUUUGUGUCCGUUCCCCGUUUUCCCUCUUC